AUGAAAGUUGUCAUUCAAAGAGUGAAGUCAGCGUCUGUCACCGUUGAUUCGGAGUUGAUUUCAUCUAUUGGGAAAGGGCUGCUUGUCUUUGCUGGCAUUGGCAAAGAGGACAGUGAGAAGGAGGCCGAGAACCUUGUUAACAAGGUGUUGAAGGCCAAAUUCUGGCCCGAUGAGAACGGAGCACAAUGGAAAAAGAACGUCAAAGACAUUGAGGGAGAGGUUCUAUGUGUUUCCCAGUUCACCCUCUACGGCAAAAUGAAAAAAGGCAACAAGCCCGACUUCCACGAUGCAGCUAGCCCCGACACAGCACGCAAGCUUUAUGACCACUUCUAUGCGAAAAUGUGCGAUGGUUAUCAACCGGACCGGGUCAAGAAUGGUGUCUUCCAGGCGAUGAUGGAGGUUGAACUCAAGAAUGACGGGCCGGUGGGUGUAGACUACUGCAGCGAAGACGCGGCGGUUACCAUCGAGAUCAACACCAACCUCCCCAAAAAGGAACCCAAGGAGCAGAAAGACGAGAAGAAGCCAGAUGAGCAUGAGAUUAAGGACUCAUAUGAGUUCCAAAUUCCAGCUGAGCUACUACAAUGA